GUAGAAGAUGGGCUUGGAGGAUUAACGUCAUGCCUCAAUGUUACUGUAGAGAGCAAGGGCUCAGGCGUUCAGCACCUCUUGCCGGGGGGGUCGAACAAGUUAGGAAUGGACCAGGCGAAGGCCAAUGGUCAAGCAUCAGCUGGGAGAGCGGGGGCACCAAAAACUCAGCACGCAGAUGUUCCUAAUGGUGUCAAUGUUAGUUUGAACGAUCUAUCGGGUCUUGCUUCCUUCUUGGGUUCAAACAACGUGCAGGCCAGCCAGCCUGUCAUGAAUCAAUUUCCUGCAAUGGCCGCAUCUAACGUUGCGUCAAACCUACCUGCGGGCUCGAAUAUGCUUCACAAUAUUAGCGCCAACUCUGCAGCAGCUCGCCCAGACUCUGUUGCACAAGCACAAUUCGCUCCAAUGCAAAUCAAUCCAUUUCAGCAGCUGCAGGCUCGAGCUGCUGGCAUUCAAGCGAACCUGCAGGCUCACAUCGAGGGCGUUAACGUCGCUUCGAAACUUGCCAAUCAGCUGCAGGGCAUUCAACAGCAGCUUGAGACAGCAAAGGCAAGACUUCAACAGCAGUUGGAGGUCACCAACCGGAGCAUGCUUCUGGUGCCAAAUCGCGGGAGCACUCAAGGACCUUCAUACUCUGGAACCAGUGAAUUGUACAAUAACUCUCUGUGAAUGUGGAAUCAUAUCCUUUUGUUUUUUCUUUGUAUUUUCAAUGAAAGCAUUUGAACUUG